CCGCUUCAGAACAACAGAGCAUCAACAUCAUUUUAGUGUGAUCCGGACAGUGAUGGAUUAUUUCUUUGGAGGUCCCCUGGGGGUAAUACUCGUCCUCUUCACGCUGCCUCAUCUCACCUACAACAUGUCCUGUCCCAGGAUCUGCGUCUGUGACAGUCAAGGUGCCGUCAAGUGUGAUGGCCACAACAUCACAGACACUCCAGCGCUACCUAUUCACACAUACCGGCUGGAACUCAACUGCACCAGCAUGAACGUCAUAAAAGAGCGCAGCCUGGCAGAACAGGACCUCUUGUUGCGCUUCAGUUUGACUCACAGCAACCUACACACGAUCCAUCCCAAGGCCUUCCACUUUGCUCCGCAGCUCCUGUCUGUCAGGCUGUCGUACAACAAUCUCUCCACUUUUCCUGCUCAAGUGUUCAGUCCACUGACCGCUCUGGAACAGCUGCAUUUAGAUGGAAACCAGUUAGAGACCAUUGCUCCCGAAUCACUGAGCAAACUUGUUGCGUUGCAGAGUCUUGACUUGAGCCGUAACAAACUGAUUCAUCUUGCUUCCGAUGUUUUCCAAAGACUGACCAACCUUACCUUACUUAACAUUGGCAGGAACAACAUAAAAAGGCUUCCAUCUAGAAUCUUUAAAUCCCUGACCAAUCUUCGCCAACUCUUUAUCUAUAACAACAUGCUUGAGGUGCUACAAGCGGAGCUGUUUGAUGAACUUAUCAGCCUCGAGGAGCUAAAACUCCACUACAACCAGAUUGCCAGUCUUUCACCACGGGUGUUCUGGUCACUGCGGAACCUGAGGACUCUCACUUUGUCCUCCAAUCGACUUCAGAUUAUUCCAGAAAAAAGCUUUUAUAACAUGCCCAAGCUGAGCAAGCUUACUAUCUACAACAACCCACUGUUAUCUCUACCGAACCAGCUGAUGGGCCAAAUGCCUGAGAUGAGAGAAUUUUAUCUGUUUAAUACUAAUCUCACUACAGUUCCUGAAAAUGUAUUCAGCAACAUGUCUGGUCUGCUGAAACUUAACUUACAUUUAAAUGAAAAGUUGAGGGAAUUACCUUCAGACCUUUUUUGUUGUCUUCCCCUCCUUCAGAAGCUCUCGCUGAAAUCCAAUAAUCUCCAUAGCCUACAUCCUCAGCUGUUCUCCAGACUAACCUCUCUCAACUUACUGUUUCUGAGCGACAAUAUGUUGCGAGAUCUACCGGAAAACAUUUUUCAGGGCCUUGCACGACUUUUGGCCAUUGAUUUGAAGAAUAACCUUCUCAUGUAUCUUCCAGGAGAUAUUUUUUUGUCAAAUGCAGUUUUGCAAUAUCUUACUCUGAGUGGCAACCCGUGGGAUUGCACUUGUAGUAUCAGAGAUCUUGCAAGAUGGAUAAGACAUAAUAAACAUGUGGUCACUGAUGAGGCGGAUGUGACGUGUCACAGUUCAGCGCAUGACAUGCUCCGUACGCUCGGCUCUCUGCGUGAAGAGGAGUUCAGGUUUUGUGAUGCUUUUGGACACACAAGCUACGUCCCUUCACACAGUGCUUUGACUGAUCCAACACCGUCAUUUGGCACCAUGACACCCAGCAGACGAAGAUCACCUUCAACAACCACAGCACCUAAAACAACGUCCAAUACCAUAGCCACUCAACAAGUCACCACCCCAGCAACCACCAAACCUGCAAUAUCAACCAUCUCGGAUGGCAUGAUGCUCUCAACACCUCUCGACACUGAAACCACCACUCUGCCCGAUGACAAUGUUCUCUUUAUUAAGGCGUCUCAGUUGACUUAUAACAUGACACAUGUGUUCUAUGACCUACUGGUGAUAGGGCAGGGGCCUGAGUUUGUUCACCACAACAUUCACAGGGGCUGGGUGUAUUUGUGGUUUCUGCCCUCAGAUACAGCCUGGGCUGGGUUCCUCAUGUUUUGUCAUGUCCUUCUGGUGACCACAGGCUUGUUCCUCAUUCUUGCUUCCAUGUAUGGAAUGUAUUGCCUCAACAAAACUAUGGAUAAGCUGAUGGCUGAGCAUGAGACCACGAGAUAAACUGUCCUUUUCCACAAGCUGAAGGUCAUAAAAGAUGACUAUUCUUUCCAUUGUUUUUUUCUGAAAGCUGAAUUAGUUGUUUCUGCAAGUACUAUUUUAGAAGGGCUAGAUUUAUGUAUUUAAAAUUGUGGUGAGUACAUUUUAAAUAUAAACAAAUAUCUGCUUCAUUCAAACCAUUUUCAAUUGAGUUCACAGGAUGCUGAUUAAAUCAGUUCCACAUGACUCUUCGUUUUUCUCAGUGUCGCAGUGUUUAGAUCUUGUGUUGCUCAGCGACAUGCUGGUGCUUCACAUAGUAAAAUGAUUCAUUUUAUGUCAAAACAGAUGGAGGCAACAGCAACAUUGUCCUAAUAAAGUCAGACAGCUGCGUAUGACUGAAGAAAAGCGCCCUUAAAAAGCUUUGAAAGUCAAUAAAACUCAGUCAUUAGUUAGAUAGUGUUGCUUGACAGAGCCUGUUUUAAGGUGACGGAUGUAGCAUACAAAUAAUGCUAUGUCAUUUCUGCUCACCAAAGCCAAAGAGAGCAAGAACAAAAACAUCAACCACAUCAAUUAGCUAAUGUUACACACUGCAGCUUUAAAUUACUGUAUGAAGGAAUUUUAUGAAAACAAUCGUGUUCAAAUAUGUACAAUAAUUACUCUUAUUUUUCCUCACAUAAUGCACAACAUUUGUUGACCACAGUUAUUCCAGAUGAUGUGCUUUUUGUUAAAUGUUUUUUGCCUUUGACAUCUUACUUUUAUUUUUGUGCUGAUCCAUCAGGAAUGAUGAGUUAUACUGAAUGUACUGAAAGCUUUUAAAUGAACAUAUAAAAUAUAAAUAUAAUAUAAAUGAUAAAUUAUCCUCCUGUCCUCCUUGUUGGAAGACUGCUAUCAGGGUAGGUAGAGCGGAAUGUCAAGUAUCAUAAACCAAUCCAAGGCAACAUUAAUACAGCUCACAGGUUUCUUCAUUCGUUCGUUUGUUCGUUCGUUCGUUCGUUCUUUCGUUCUUUCUUUCUUUCUUUCCUUCUUUCUUUCUUUCUUUCUUUCUUUCUUUCUUUCUUUCUUUCUUUCUUUCUUAACCCCAUCACGUUACAUCAUGAUGAGCAUUACUGCAAAAUCAGUUUUAAUAUGACCACAGUCAUACGAUUCAUAGCAGUAGAGUCAGUAUCACAGGAUUAUACAACUCAUUAUGUUAAUCCUAGUUGCUUGUUUUAUGUUUCUAUUCAAAAACAAAGCACUCAAAGAAAUGUUUCUCCUACAUAGGCUGGUCCAUCACUGCACUGUUUUUUUUUAAAACCCAAUCCUGUUUUAACACAGAUAUAUUUUUGAACAUCCUCCUCUCUUAUCUUGGAUUCUUAUCUGGAUUUCUACAUUUACUGGAAAAAAACAAACCCUAACCCUAACCCACGAUGAAAAUGUGGUUUCCCCUACAAUAAAACCGUGUGUUUUCCAUCAGUGAGUCAUAUCCUAUAUACUGGGAAGAUCCUACCAACAUCAUAAUAGCUGUCAAAAGACAGUCAGACAGUCAGUCAUCAUCCAUGUCAGAGGGUAAAUAAUGCUUUCUUUUGUGAAAUUUCACAAGCCUCCACAAACCCACAACAAUGUGCAUACAAUUACAACUGCUCAUUACCCAAGAACACUCAUGGCAUAACAAGUGCCUCUGUAAUUUUAUCCCUAAAUUAUCCUCAGACCUCACAAGACCUAUAGAAGAGUAUCACUUUAGCCCAUACAACUAUGCUUACAUUUACAGCCAC